GAGAGGGGCCAAUCUUUCAGAAGAUCGGAUAUACAAGUAGCUGGUUUAUCCGGAGAAACGGUACAAGGAUAACUUGACUAGGAUAACUUGUGCAUCUUCUCACGUCCCGCACACUCCUUCACGCUCCAGGGUCUCCAUGGCCCUGCUGAUGCUAUGCUGGGUGUGUGUGAUUGCUCUGUCACUGACGAUGACCACCAGCCAUGCCUUACUAAGGAUCAGUCUGAAGAAGAUGCCCUCCAUAAGAGAGACCCUGCAUGAGAUAGGUGUGUCCCCAGCGCAGUUAUUCGCUGAAUUGGCCCAGAAGAGCAAAAAUGACCUCUCCCCCAGCAACGGGACAGCCCCCACCCCCCUCACCAACUACCUGGAUACCCAGUACUAUGGGGAGAUCAGUAUUGGUUCUCCUGCCCAGAUGUUCAACGUAGUGUUUGAUACAGGCUCAGCCAACCUGUGGGUGCCCUCAUACAGCUGUUCCCCUCUCUAUACUGCCUGCUUUACCCACAACAGAUACGACGGUUCCAAGUCCCGGACGCACGUCAAGAACGGGACAGGUUUCUCCAUCCAGUAUGCCUCUGGAAACAUCCGGGGAUUCCUGAGUGAGGAUGUGGUUGUGGUGGGUGGCAUCCCAGUGGUCCAGGUGUUUGCGGAGGCCACAGCCCUGCCUGCCAUCCCCUUCAUCUUUGCCAAGUUUGACGGGGUCCUUGGGAUGGGCUACCCCAACGUGGCCAUCGACGGCAUCACCCCUGUGUUCGACCGCAUCAUGUCCCAGCACGUCCUCAAGGAUGAGGUCUUCUCUGUUUAUUACAGCAAAGACCCAAUGCACAAACCAGGUGGAGAGCUAGUGAUGGGAGGAACAGACCCAGACUACUAUACUGGUACCUUCAACUACAUGGGCACCAGUGAGGCAGGAAAAUGGGAGGUCAACAUGAAAGGGGUGACAGUGGGGGAGGAGAUGCUGUUCUGUAAGGAGGGCUGUACGGCAGUGAUUGACACAGGCUCCUCCUACAUCACAGGCCCCGCCUCCUCUGUGUCUGUACUGAUGAAAACCAUUGGAGCCACAGAGCUGGCAGAGGGAGGGUACACUGUAAACUGUGACCUGGUGAAGUCCUUACCCAGUGUCACCUUCCACCUCGGAGGCCAUGAGUACGCACUCACUGAGGAGGACUACAUCUUAUGGCAAUCUCAGUUUGGAGAGGACAUCUGUAGUGUGACCUUUAGGGGUUUGGAUGUGCCGCCCCCUACUGGCCCUAUCUGGAUCCUGGGAGCCAACUUCAUUGCCCGCUACUACACAGAGUUCGACCGUCGUAACAACCGCAUAGGCUUCGCCACAGCAGUCUGACAGGAUCGUCCGCUUAGCCACCAAGCUUUCACUCUCUCUUGCUCUUAUUCCUUCUUUCUCUCUAUGUCUCUGUUACAGUCUCUUAAAACCAGCCUGUAUUUCUCCCUCACACUCUUACUCUAUCAUUGCGUUUCUCUUUCUCUCUCUUUCUCUGUCUCUUUAUCACAGGGCCUGCCCUUUGUCCCCAUAUUUUUUACACUUCUUGCAUUCUGCCAUGUCAAGUCAUCAUUUUGAAUUCAAUCUGUGCCAAUUGCACUUUUCACCUCGUAUUACCCAAUCAGAAUACAUCUUUGUUUUUAGUUGACGAGUAUUGACGUGCUGCUAACAUCACACUUAUUUUGUGUUAUAUAUCAUAUGGCAUGCUGAUGUCAUGUCAUACAGUUUGAUUUUUAAACAAUCCUCAUGUAAUAACACUGUCUGCAUUGUAAUGACGUAACAAGAAUAAAG